AAUCUCGCGGGUUCCGUGCGAACCAUACGGAACGGGUUCUUCGCGACCAUCGUCACGAUGCUGUUCGACAAGACGCGGUCCGUCGCGACGAUUCUGGCCGCGCUCUGCGUGGCCUCGCCGAACGGAGCCGCGACGAAUCAGACGGACGUCAUCACGGAGACCUUGGUCAAUGUCACGACGUCCACAACUGCUCUGCCACCGACUACCGCAGAAACCGCUAGCGUCGCAACGUCGAACGUCACGACGCAGGCGCCGCCGUCCACCACCCAGAGACCGGUGGACGUCAAUUGUCUCCCCCUCCCGCUCAUGGGUCACCUCGACCACCUGACCCAGGAGGAGUUUACGUCGAAGCUUACCGAUAGCUGUCGCUACGACAGGCUCAUCAAGCCGGUGACUUCCGAACCGCUUCAGGUCGAAAUGCAGAUGGACCUCAUCCACGUGGAGUCCUCCGACGCCCAGCAAAUGACCGCUUUUAUACUCGUCCAGCUGAGUUAUCGGGACAACCGGCUUCAAUACGACACGAUAUCGCCGGCGCGCGGCAACAUACAGGGCGAGGAACCACUCAGGAACCAGAUUUGGGUUCCGCACUUGACCGUCAAGAACGAGAGAUCGUCAGCGCUGAUGGGACUCGACGGCAAAGACGUGUUCGUCCAGAUCACGCCUUCCGGUAGGGUGACGUACUCCUACCGAAUGUCCGUAACCUUCUACUGCUGGAUGAACCUGCAAAAGUUCCCGUUCGACUAUCAGACGUGCGAAAUCAACUGGGUCAGUUGGUCGUACGACGCAUCGAAUUUAAAGCUCGGGUGGACGUCGGUGCACCCGGUCGAGAUCGCCCGCAACCUCCACCUCACCGAAUUCGUUCUGGACAGUUACUGGACGCGCGACGUCGUGAUGCCGGCUUCGUUUUCCACCGGCGGUUUGGCCGGCAACUACAGCUGCCUCAUAUUCCAAUUCAAGCUGCGUAGGGAGGUCGGCUAUUACGUGAUGGACUUCUUCCUGCCCUCUAUGUUCCUGGUCGUCACUUCGUGGGUCGGUUUCUGGCUGCAGGCGGACGCGUCCGCUCCCCGUGCCGUAAUCGGGACGUCGACAAUGCUCUCGCUCAUCACUCUCAACGGCGGCGUCACCAAAAAUCUGCCCAAGGUGUCGUACGUAAAGGCGUCGGAGAUCUGGUUCCUCGGCUGCUCCGUCUUCAUCUUCUGCUCGCUCGCCGAGUUCGCCUUCGUCAACGUCAUCUGGCGCAGGCGCAAACACGUGGAGGUAAAAAAACCGAGCGGCAAGUAUAUCCUGCGGGGCGCGGUCACGCCCAGCCUCGCGAGGAAACAGCUGCGCAGGUGCGGAUCGGCCAACAGCAUUUACAAGGCCAGGUCGUGCUCGAGCCUCGAGGGUCCGGAGCCGGACAGGCAGUACGCGCACAACAAUUACCUCACCGUGCACGAUUUCUCGUCGAUGCACGCGAGGAACCGCAACAGCCGCGACGAUCUGAUCGACUCGGAAGAGACGGUGACCACGAUACCGGUGCCCGAGAUUCCUGAGCGGCAGCAGGAAGCACCGGGGCACGCUUGGACCACGAUGACCCCGCAGGAGGUGGCCAAUUGGAUCGACCGCAGGUCGAGGAUAUUUUUCCCGGUCACCUUCGCGCUGUUCAAUCUGUUUUACUGGUCGUUCGUGUACGCAUUGUGACGAACACGCUCGACAUCGAUCUGAUAGUGAUUAAACCGUUUUUGUACCGUU